AGACGGAAGACGAAGGCGAAGAAAAGGAAGAACACAUCUCCAUUUGAAACUGGCGACCUUCUUCAGCUACGAAUCACUCGGCCGGGAACGAUUCGCGCUUCGCGACGUGGGGAAGCUCGUCCUUGCGUUCUCCGUGAAGCAUGCAGACUCCCGAGGACAUACGCAACCUCCCGAUCGACAUCGCUUUCUCUCGUCUCGGUGAGUGGUUGGUUGAUCGGAAGAGAAUACCGUCUGAUUGGAGGAAGCGGUUGGCAGCAAUAAGGGCUCGGAUAUCCAAGGAGUUCCCUGCCCUUCCCAAGGACAUAGAUCCCUACCUCCACACCCUGGACCCUGAAGGUAUUGGGUAUUUAGAGGCCAAGCAAAUAUAUGACAUCCUUUUGAAGUCAACCCCGGAAAGCAGGAACAUUUUUGGUCGGUUAUCAGGUGCUGCGGGCCCUUGGGAGGCUAUUGUUCGUUCCUUUGAGAAGGAUCAUAUAUUCCUUGGUGAGGCUGCUCAAAUAAUGGUCCAAAAUGUCAACUACGAAAUACCGUAUCAGAAGAAACAGGUCCAAAAGAUCCAGCAGCAAUUAACAGAACUCGAGCGCAAGGAAGCUGAUAUAAGAAGAAAUGCAGCUCUUUCAGCUGCCAAAUACGCAGAAGCUUGUCAAGAGCUUGGGUUGCAGGGAUUAAAUGUGAGAUUGGAACUUCUGGAGACUGCGAAAACACUUCCAAAUACAUUUAGCAGAAUCCUGGAAGUGAUAAACAGCGAUUCUUUGUCACAAGCUAUUGAGUAUUACUCAAAUUUUGUGAGAGACGUUCACACGGAGAAGGAUAGAGCUCCAUGUGCUGUGUUACCAAACUUGAUAGAUGUUCGUGAAAAUCCACCCUCUCUGAAUGUUUCUGCUGCCUCUGAUAUCAAUGAAUCUAUGAAUACUCAAUCUGACUAUGAUGGAGCAGUAAGAGGCAAUACUGAUGUUGUGGCCGAUAAUAUUGACUGGGACAUAUCUGUUGACAAUUCUGCAAUUGAUUGGGAUAUAGGGAACAUAGAAGAGACCGAGGAUAGCACUAACGGUCUGGGUCCUUAUGAGAUUGUCAAUGCAAGCGAAGUUUUACAGAAUUCUUCACCAAAUGAUGUUGAAGAAGCUAAUCCAGUAAAAGGAGAAGAAAGCCUACAGCAGGACAUAUCUGCGUCCAAGAUUUCUUGGGAUAUAAGUGUUGAAACACCCCAAGUUGAUGUGAUUGAUGAUGUCAGUUUGCCUAAUAUAGGCCUGGAUAAUCCCACAUCGGCUUCACAUCUGGUAACUGAAACCUCAGAAUCUAAAGAAGUUCGCAGUCAGUUCCUGGAGACGGAGUACAGGAAUAACAUUCUUGAUGAUCUUAAUGAGAUCAAAGCAUUUUUAUAUCAACGUUUGUCGGAAUUGAGGAAUGAGGAAACGUUGUCCUUGCAACACCAAGUCCAGGCAUUUGCUCCCUUUGUCCUGCAGCAGCAUACUCCCGAUGCUAUUGAAUCGAUGCUAAAUGAUGUAUCAUCAGCAAUAUCUUUGCUCACCGACAGAAAAACGCGGGAGUUGAUCAUGAUUCUCAACUCCAAAAGGUUCUUCGAUAGAUUGGUAAGUACAAUCGAGGAGAAAAAGCACCAUGAAGUGAAGUUGAAAGAAGGAUUGAAGGACAUAGCUGCCAAGCGCAUGGAGCUGCAGAACUCGGUAUCUUCAUCGUGGCCUAAGCAAGAAGCUGCUCUUAGGAAAAGCAAGGAGCUGAAGAAGCUGUGUGAGAGCACACUUUCGACCAUGUUCGAUGGAAGACCCGUUAACAUCAUCGGAGAGAUCAACACACUGUUGAACACCAGCCUUGGCGCCUAAAAUGCUUGUUCAAAAACGAUUUUAACCUUAAUUAGUCGGCUGUUAGAGCUGAGGAAGAAGUUUCUUCACAUGGCCGAGCGAUGUUCGGCUGUAGGAAGUUUCUCGAAAAUGUUGUAGACAUGUUGAAAGUCCUUUAGACUGUGUAAUCACCAUUAUGACAGAAAUAUUUAACGGGAUUGGCAACGAGAUUCAAGCCUUCAUAAAUUAAAUGUUUCGGUUUUCUCGCGGUC